CUGAUUAACAAUAUAUACACUGUCUUGUUUGUUUUGGCUGGACAUUGUAUUCUUAGCCCAGUCUCAACUCAAUCAUGCCAAAAACUGACAACUAUUGCUACUAAUUUUGGGAUGCACUUAAGAUGUUACUAUCACUGUAAAGUAAAUUCAGCUUCUGCAAAGUAGCUGAGAUGAGUGCAAAGUUAAGAAUAUAUGAUUAUUCGAAUAUUCGUCUUUAACUUUGUUUUCUUGAAUGUUUUCUUGAUUAUAUACUAGCUUCUUGUAUCAUCAUAAGUAGAGAUUAUUUGGAUAUUUAUGCAUGUAACAAUAAAAUGCACCGAUGGGGGGGCGUGGUUAGCAUCUUCACGAUCUUUAUCUUGAUUGGAAAUGCUGAAUGUGCAUUAAUAUCUGACGAAUUAGAAUGCGUUCUUGAUCUUGGAGGUGGAGUCUCUUCAUCCUUGUACAAUGUGAGUAACGUUGAUGGGAGGUGGGGUGGAUUUUUGAACAAGACAUCCUGUGCUAGACCAUUUGCAGAGUACCUUUAUGCAUUGGCUUUGCACACAAGUCCAGGUGCACAGAUAUUCUUGAAUUCGGAUGAACAGAGGAAGUGCUUGACUACUCUGAAUAGACCUGGCCUAGAUAUGUUAGGUUGUGGAAUUGAGGAACUGACAAGUGGAGGUGGGGGAUGCUCAAAUUUCUCUGUUGAUGAUGUUAAACUUAGAUUAGGUGAUGAGUUUGAAAGUAUGAAGGGGAAUUGUGAGUUUGAAGAUCAAGGCGUAAAGCAGGAGCAGUCGUCAUGUGGUUCCUGCGUAAGGAGUUGGAUGGACAUCAAAGGGUUAUAUAAUGACAAUGAUGAGCCUACGGAUUCUGAAUCUUAUAUUUGCAGGUUUGCAGUGUUAGUGUCUUUAACAAGUGCAAAGAUUAAAGAUGAGAUAUGGAUUCAGAAAACAUUUGGAUGCCUCGAGGAUCAGAGCCAGGUUACUGUUAAAACAGUCUCACCAGUUGCAGACGAAGCACCAGACACGAAAGAGAAGAGAAACACGAGCACACGUAGAUGGAUUUUAGUUGGAAGCAUUGCCGGAGUUCUUAUUGCUGUCAUCAUCUCCAUUUGGAUGUUUUCACGAGGAUGGUGUACACCAAAUGCCACAGUAAAGGAUAAUGCACCGAAGUUUGCACUGCAAAUCGACUCCAUUCAUUUGGAAUUUUCAAUCAAAGAGGUCUACUUCGCCACUAAUAAUCUACACCCAACAAACUUCAUUGGCGAAGGAGUCGCAGGUAAAGUCUACAAAGGCGUACUUCACAAUAAUCAGUCUGUUGCGAUAAAACAAAUCACUGAUGAGGGAUAUAUAGAGACCUUCACCAGAGAACUUAAGAGCUUAUCGAAAGUCAGACACCCAAACCUUGUGGCCUUGUUGGGAUAUUGUAAACACAAAGAUGAGUGCUUCCUCCUUUACGAACUAUGUCCAAACGGGAAUCUCUCAGAGUGGAUAUUUGGAAAGGAUAAGCACCUGCCUUGGAUUCAUAGGCUCAAGAUUGCGAUACAUUGUGCCAGAGGACUUCGGUUUCUCCAUAACUAUUCUAAAGGGUGCAUUGUUCAUCGUGAUAUCAAGCCAACAAAUAUUCUCUUAGGUCCAAACUUAGAAGGCAAACUUUCAGAUUUUGGAUUGUCCAAGGUGAUAGAUCCGGGUGAAAGCUACAAGAGCUCUGAAGUGAGAGGAACAUUUGGCUAUGUUGAUCCGGAAUACCAGAGCACCAGAAGAGUUGAUUCAGGGGGUGAUGUCUAUAGCUUUGGAGUCGUACUUCUGCAGAUAAUCUCAGGAAGAAGGGUUAUAAAUAUGAACAUGAACACACCAAUGUCCCUACAUAAUACAGCAAGAUCCCUCACGAGAAAUGAAAGCAUAAGAGGAUUUGCAGAUCCAAGGCUUGACGGAGACUACUGUGAAGAAGCUUUCGACCUCACAUUUAAAUUAGCUUUGUCCUGCACAGCGCCUAAGAAAGAGCGACCAUCUAUGGAGAAAGUUACUCUAAUCCUAGAGGAGGCACUGGAUAUUUCAAUGACAGCUAGAUCAUCAACUCCACCUGCCACACCAGACUGGUCUUCGACUCCUCGUACCACACCUGGUUGGUCUUCAACUCCCACCUAAAGAAUCUCGAGCAGAUGUAUUUAAUCAUUUGCCAGAUUAAACCACUUAAACUUAACCAUUCAUUAUUUUUCUUCCAAUGUUAGUCACAAUUCGAAAUCUUUAUUUGUUAUAAAUUUUUGUAGCUUGCAGCCACUCGAUAACACUAUGAAUAAACAUAUCAAAUUAAAUAAAUUGCAGUACGUAUAUUUGUAUAAAAUCAGGUUGAACACAAUGCUAAUAAAAGA